AUUCAUGUUCUUCGCCUGUCUUCUCUGCCCAUCUCUCUCCCUCUUUCUCUUUCUCUCUCUCCGCUUUUAAUGCCGCAUUAUCUCUCCUUCAGCCAGAUCAGAUAGACUGUUAACAGUAGUCCUCCAUUAUUUCAUUAUUGAUUUUUGUCUCUGCAACUUCUCCAAGGAGCUUCUUUCUUUCAAGAAGAAGAAGAAGAAGAAGAAGAAGAAAAGAUGGAGAGGCAAAGGAGUUUCUCACUUAAAGCUACAAGAUUCUUGAUGUUUUCCAUAAUAAUCUCAUCUUCUUUAAUCUUUCUCAUCUUCUUUUCAAUCUGGGUCAUAAUCUCUCCCCCUGUUUCUCACCAAUCCCAUUUCCAAAUUGAUAAACCCUUCAAUUUCACCUCUAAUUCUUCUUCAAACGCCCACAAAACCAACAUCACUUUCACAAUGACGAAAAACCCACUAAUUCUCGAAUCAGAAUCCGCCGCCAACGAGACCGUCGGAAAAACCCAUGUACCGCCGCCGGAAAACAUUCCUGGGUUUGUCGAGAUCUCAACGAUUAAAGGUCCUAGGAUUAAGAAAAGAAAGUGGAACGUGUCGAAUCAUGUCGAAUUUGUGAAACCAGAAAGAAGUAUUCUUAAACAGAGGAUGAUAUCGACUUGUGAUGUUUCAAAAGGGAGAUGGGUUUUUGAUGAUAAUAACUAUCCUCUUUAUACAAAUGAUUCGUGUCCAUUCAUAGAUGAAGGUUUUAACUGUCAAAGUAAUGGUAGAUUAGAUCAAGAUUACAUGAAAUGGAGAUGGCAACCUCGAGAUUGUCAAAUACCCAGGUUUAAUGCAACGAAAUUCUUGGAAUUGAUAAGAGGAAAACGAGUGGUUUUUGUUGGUGAUUCGAUAAACAGAAAUCAAUGGGAAUCAAUGCUGUGUAUGUUAAUGGGAGUUAUUAAGGAUCCAAGAAAAGUAUUUGAGACUCAUGGCCGAAGAAUUACUAAAGAGAAAGGAGAUUACGCAUUCAAGUUUCAGGACUACAAGUGUACAAUUGAAUACCAUGUGACCCAUUUUUUGGUUCAUGAAAGUAAGACAAGAAUUGGCAAGAAAAGAAUGCCCACAUUGAGGAUCGAUACUAUGGACCGCGGCUCAUCAAGAUGGAAAGGCGCCGACAUCUUGAUAUUCAACACCGCACAUUGGUGGACACAUUUCAAAACUAAAGCCGGGAUCAACUAUUACCAAGAAGGUGAUCAAGUUCAUCCUCAUCUAGAUGUCUCAACAGCCUUUCAAACAGCCCUAACAACUUGGUCAUCUUGGGUCGAUAAAUAUGUCAAUCCAAAAAAGACACUCGUUUUCUUUAGAAGUUCUUCCCCGGCCCACUUCAAGGGUGGGCAAUGGAACUCAGGUGGUCACUGCACCGAGUAUGUUAAACCGCUUAAUGAUAUUCAAAACCGAAUUUAUCCAGAAAAGAAUCGGGUUGUGGAGGAUGUGAUAAAGCAGAUGAAAACUCCCGUUACAUUCUUGGAUAUUACGGAAAUGUCUGAAUAUCGAAUCGAAGGGCACCCGUCUGUGUAUGGUAAGAAGUCUUCGAAAGUUCAAGAUUGUAGCCAUUGGUGUUUGCCAGGGGUUCCUGACACUUGGAAUGAGAUAUUAUACUUUCAUUUGUUGCUUAAAAGAAGAGAUGUUUAUGAAGAAUGAAUGAUGAUGGUUUGUUCUUAUGAAGAAUGAAUGAAAAUGUAAAUAGUUGAGGUGAAAUUCUAAAUGAUUGUUGU